UUCAGGUCCCAACCGCCGCCAGGGCCGCUCCGCCCAGUGGAGCCUGUCCGGCCCCCUUGCUGUCCGCCUGCUCCCGCCGGCCGGCGCCAGCUGCCGGCGCCUGGGCACCGCGGGCGGGGUCGGAGCUGGGCUUCGUGACGCUGAAGCUGCCGUCCCCGCACGCUCAGACCAGGGCCUCCCUCUCGGGGCCGGGCCUGCGGCGGUGGCGUGGGCUGCGGAGCAGGGGAGCGAGCGGCCGCCGAGGCACAGCCAGCGAGCCGGCGGGGGCGGAAAAUGGCGGCGGCUUCGGAGGAGCUAAAUGGCGCCGGGACCCCUGGGGGUGGGGUGGGCCGGGAGCCUGGCGAGAGAAUCGCGCCCGGGAACGCGGAGAGUAAGGAAGCCCUCCUUGCUUUCGCUUGAUAGGCUCACCCCAAAAUAUGCUUUUUGGGACUGAUCUAGAACCUGCGUAUUCUCCGUGAAUCUCUUUAAUUGAUUGCAGUUGAGCUAGAUGGUGGAGCCAAAAUGCUAUUGCCCUGUCUUCAUCAACAGUUAAUCAAGUGUUGCAGAGGUAGGAACAUGGGGGAGAAACAAUCUGGAUAACAUGAAAGUGAUGCUGGUGGCUAAGGGAAAGCGACUCGAUUCUGUGGGAAGGGCUAUAGCUGAUCCAUCUGUUUUCUAGUUGGUAAAAAAAAAAGUAUGUGGACAAGACCAAAACUGAGUUAUUGAGUCAAGAACUUCAUUGAACAUUACAAGAUUUGAGUAUGAGCACAGUUGAAGAGGAUUCUGACACAGUAACAGUAGAAACUGUGAACUCUGUGACUUUGACUCGGGAUACAGACGGGAACCUCAUCCUUCACUGCCCUCAGAAUGAAGCUGAUGAAAUAGACUCAGAAGAUAGUACUGAACCUCCACAUAAAAGGCUUUGUCUGUCUUCUGAGGAUGAUCAAAGUAUUGAUGAUUCCACUCCUUGCAUAUCAGUUGUUGCACUUCCACUUUCAGAAAAUGAUCAGAGCUUUGAGGUGACCAUGACUGCAACCACAGAGGUGGCAGAUGAUGAGAUUACGGAGGGAACUGUGACACAGAUCCAGAUUCUACAGAAUGAGCAACUAGAUGAAAUAUCUCCCUUGGGUAAUGAGGAGGUUUCAGCAGUUAGCCAAGCAUGGUUUACAACUAAAGAAGAUAAGGAUUCCCUAACUAACAAAGGACAUAAAUGGAAGCAGGGGAUGUGGUCCAAGGAAGAAAUUGAUAUUUUGAUGAACAAUAUUGAACGCUAUUUGAAGGCACGCGGAAUAAAAGAUGCUACAGAAAUCAUCUUUGAGAUGUCAAAAGACGAAAGAAAAGAUUUCUACAGGACUAUAGCAUGGGGUCUGAACCGGCCUUUGUUUGCAGUUUAUAGAAGAGUGCUUCGCAUGUAUGAUGACAGAAACCAUGUGGGAAAAUAUACACCUGAAGAAAUUGAAAAGCUCAAGGAGCUCCGGAUAAAGCAUGGCAAUGACUGGGCAACAAUAGGGGCGGCGCUAGGAAGGAGUGCCUCUUCCGUCAAAGAUCGGUGCCGACUGAUGAAGGACACUUGCAACACAGGGAAGUGGACAGAAGAAGAAGAAAAGAGACUUGCAGAGGUGGUCCAUGAAUUGACCAGCACUGAGCCAGGUGACAUAGUCACACAGGGUGUUUCUUGGGCAGCUGUGGCAGAACGAGUGGGUACUCGCUCAGAAAAGCAGUGUCGUUCUAAAUGGCUGAACUACCUGAACUGGAAACAGAGUGGAGGUACUGAGUGGACCAAGGACGAUGAAAUCAAUCUCAUCCUCAGGAUAGCAGAGCUUGAUGUAGCUGAUGAAAAUGACAUAAAUUGGGAUCUGUUAGCAGAGGGAUGGAGCAGUGUCCGUUCACCACAAUGGCUUCGAAGUAAAUGGUGGACCAUCAAAAGGCAAAUUGCAAACCAUAAGGAUGUUUCAUUCUCUGUCUUGAUAAAAGGUCUUAAACAGUUACAUGAGAGUCAAAAAAACAACCCAACGCUUUUGGAGAAUAAAUCAGGAUCUGGAGGUCCAAACAGUAAUUCCAAUUCCAGUGUACAGCAUGUUCAGAUCAGAGUGGCCCGCUUGGAAGACAAUACAGCCAUCUCUCCAAGCCCCAUGACAGCCCUGCAGAUUCCAGUCCAGAUCACCCAUGUCUCUUCAGCGGACUCCCCUGCUGCUACUGUUGACUCAGAAACAAUAACACUAAACAGUGGAACACUACAGACAUUUGAGAUUCUUCCAUCUUUCCAUUUACAGCCCACUGGUACUCCAGGCACCUACCUGCUUCAAACAAGCUCAAGCCAAGGCCUUCCCCUAACGCUGACUGCUAGUCCCGCAGUGACCCUGGCAGCUGCGGCUCCUGCUUCUCCUGAACAGAUCAUUGUUCAUGCUUUAUCUCCAGAACAUUUGUUGAACACAAGUGAUAACGUCACAGUGCAGUGUCACACACCAAGAGUCAUCAUUCAGACAGUUGCCACAGAGGACAUCACCUCUUCCAUAUCCCAAGCAGAACUGACAGUGGACAGUGAUAUUCACUCAUCUGAUUUUCCUGAGCCUCCAGAUGCCCUAGAAGCCGAUACUUUCCCAGAUGAAAUUCAUCAGCCUAAGAUUACUGUGGAGCCAUCAUUUAAUGAUGCUCAUAUAUCCAAAUUCAGUGACCAAAAUAGCACAGAACUGAUGAAUAGUGUUAUGGUCAGAACAGAAGAAGAAAUCUCUGACACCCACCUUAAACAAGAGGACGCACCCUCCCCUUUAGCCCAGGCUUAUGUUACUGAGGAUUUAGGGUCUCCUACCAUAGAAGAACAAGUUGAUCAAACAACAAUUGAUGAUGAAACGAUACUUAUCGUUCCUUCGCCACAUGGCUUUAUCCAGACAUCUGAUGUUAUAGAUACUGUCUUGCCUUUGACAACACUAACAGAUCCUAUACUCCAGCAUCAUCGAGAAGAAUCAAACAUCAUUGGAUCAUCUCUGGGCAGUCCUGUUUCAGAAGACUCAAAAGAUGUUGAGGACUUGGUCAACUGUCAUUAGGUAAUUCUUAGAAACAGGUAGUUCAGGCAGAGAAGCCACACUGUUAAUUACAACAUCUCCAGAGAAAUAGGAGCAACCCCCAAGAGGCUUAAUUUACCAUUCCUCUGGCUUUUAAAUAGCGACAAUGCUCAAGCCACAUACAGUGUUGCUGCUAUGACUUUUUACCUCCUGUAAGCAUAUCAUCUGAGGUCUAGUCUUAUGACGGUGUGUAGGUGAAUGGAGCACUGCGGUCUUAACUGUAGAGAUCCCAGUGAUGAGUUACUUGUCAGCAGGGAAUUUCAUUCACUUUAGCUGAGAGAAGUUUAAAAUCACCAAAGCUUAACUACUGUUUUAAAAGCAGUAAUAUUCAUUUCUAAAGAUCAGACGUGGCACUCUAUCCAGUCUCAAGCAGGCCUGUUUAUAUUUCAGAGAAGUUACAUCAACAUGGUCUAGAGCUUACCAGUGACCCUCUCCGUAAAAAUUAUCUUCUAAGUAGUUUGAGACUUGAGGUGAUUGUGUGGUGGUUACUUUUGAUUGACCCAUUGCUGGCAGUGGGAGCUGAUUUAGGCUGGGUAAAGAGGAAAGCAUUAAAAGAGUUAAGAAAAUUCACUACAGGUUUUUGUUUUGUUUUGUUUUUAAUUACUUUUAAAGGGAAUAUGGAUGAGAGGAGUAAAACAAAAUUCACCAGAAGCUAAGAGUUUUUACCCCCUCAGAACCCACUGUCAUCAGUUUACAAAGUUAGCACUUUGAAGUAAAACUAAAUGGGAAAGGAAGUAAAGUUGCCUGUCCUAUACCGUGACCUUUUAUUACAUGUUUUGCUAUGUAAGUUACCCAGGAAAUAGUUGAGGAGAGUAUCAGAGUUUGCUGUUCACUUAGUGCAUUACUGGUGGGGGUUUGACAUAACUUCUCCCUCUCAGGCAGUUUAAAAAAACAAAAUUUGCUUCUGUAAUGAAAAGAAACAAAUCAAGAGUCAUUCCUAUACUAGAGAAGGGUAAGCCAAAAUUAGCCUCUAGGGCUUUAAUGAAUAUGACCCCUAUAGAAAA